AUGGCUUCCCGACCGGAAUUGAAGCUUGACGACGAGGGCGGCUUCAUCCGGUUUUACAAGUCCCUUCCUGACGCAGGGGACGAAACCAUUCGUAUAUUCGAUCGAGGUGAUUGGUACACGGCACAUGGCGAUAAUGCCUUUUUCAUUGCAAAAACAGUCUACAAGACUACGUCAGUCAUUCGUCAGCUCGGCAGAAACGAUCAGUCCGGGUUGCCCUCAGUAACCAUGACUGUGACUGUGUUUCGGCAAUUCCUGCGGGAGGCCCUGUUCAAACUGGGCAAGCGAAUCGAGAUUUGGGAAAGCGCUGGUGGGAGAGUUAACUGGAAGUGUGUGAAGCAAGCCUCGCCAGGCAACCUGCAAGACGUGGAGGACGACCUUGGCGGCCAAGUAGAGUCAGCUCCCAUGAUAAUGGCAGUCAAGAUCUCGGCCAAAGCACCCGAGGCUCGGAAUGUUGGCGUAUGCUUUGCAGAUGCAAGUGUGCGGGAGCUUGGCGUGAGCGAGUUCUUGGACAACGAUCUCUUCUCCAACUUUGAAUCUUUGCUCAUUCAGCUUGGCAUUCGGGAGUGCGUCAUCCAAAUCAAUAAGGGCGAGAAGGACAAGGACCCGGAGCUCGCCAAGCUGAGACAAAUCAUUGACAACUGUGGGGUCGCCAUUGCUGAGCGACCUGCCGGCGACUUUGGGACUAGAGACAUAGACCAGGACCUGGCGCGUUUGCUAAUGGACGACAAAUCCGUCAAUCUCCUUCCACAGACUGACCUUAAGCUUGCCAUGGGCUCAGCAGCUUCGCUCAUCAAGUACCUCGGCGUCCUGCAAGACCCUUCAAACUUUGGUCAGUAUCAACUCUACCAGCAUGACUUGGCACAAUACAUGAAGUUGGAUGCGGCAGCCCUGAAAGCUCUCAACCUGAUGCCUGGUCCGAGAGAUGGCUCCAAGACGAUGAGCAUAUACGGUGUGCUGAACCACUGCAAGACGCCCGUCGGAAGCCGCUUGCUGGCUCAAUGGCUGAAGCAGCCUCUCAUGGACAAGGAUGAGAUCGAGAAGCGUCAGCAGCUGGUGGAGGCAUUCUUUGCUGACACUGAACUGAGGCAAAGGAUGCAAGAAGAUCAUCUUCGAUCGGUUCCCGAUCUUUACCGUCUCUCGAAGCGAUUCCAGCGCGGCAAAGCUAACCUCGAGGAUGUUGUCCGCGCCUACCAAGUUGUGAUUCGACUACCGGGGUUUAUCAGCACCUUUGAGAGUGUCAUGGACGAGGCAUACAGAGACCCCCUGGAUGCCGCCUACACAACGAAACUGCGUGACUUGUCCGAUAGCCUGGGCAAGUUGCAAGAUAUGGUAGAACAGACGGUUGAUUUGGACGCGCUCGACAGGCACGAGUACAUUAUCAAAUCAGAAUUCGACCAGGGACUGCAAAUCAUCCGCAGGAAACUUGAUCAGCUUGACCGCGACAUCAGGGCAGAGUUCCACGAGGCAGCCCGAGACCUUGGCCAGGAAGCUGACAAGAAAAUCUUCUUGGAGACAAGCCACAAGGUUCACGGGGUAUGUAUGCGGUUGACCAGACAAGAGGCCGGCUGCAUCCGAAACAAGUUGGGAUAUCAAGAGUGCUCCACCCAGAAAAACGGCGUCUAUUUUACAACCAAGAAGAUGCAGUCGUACCGCCGUGAAUUUGACCAGUUGUCUCUCAACUACAACAGGACGCAAAGCAGCCUGGUCCACGAAGUGGUGCAGGUGGCGUCGUCGUACUGCCCUGUGCUAGAGCGCCUCGCCGGCGUCCUCGCCCAUCUCGAUGUCAUAGUUUCAAUGGCUCACUGCUCGGUGCAUGCGCCCGAGGCAUACGUUCGACCAAAGAUUCACCCCCGAGGCACUGGUCAAACGCGGCUGGUUGGCGCCCGGCACCCAUGCAUGGAGCUCCAGGACGACGUGCAGUUCAUCACCAACGACGUGGAAUUCACGCGAGACAAGUCGUCAUUUCUCAUCAUUACCGGACCCAACAUGGGCGGCAAGUCGACCUACAUUCGUCAAGCCGGCGUUAUUGCUCUCAUGGCUCAAGUGGGUUGCUUCGUGCCGUGCUCCGAGGCCGAGCUUACCAUUUUCGAUUCCAUCCUUGCCCGUGUCGGUGCCAGCGACUCUCAGUUGAAAGGCGUAUCCACCUUCAUGGCCGAGAUGCUGGAAACUGCCAACAUACUCAAGUCUGCCACCAAGGAGUCGCUGAUAAUUGUUGAUGAGUUGGGUCGUGGAACGUCGACGUAUGACGGGUUCGGGCUAGCGUGGGCCAUAUCGGAACACAUUGUCAAUGAGAUUGGCUGCUUCGCCAUGUUUGCAACUCAUUUUCACGAGUUGACUGCUCUGGCGGAAAAUUACCCCCAAGUGCGAAACCUUCACGUUACUGCACACAUCAGCGGAACCGGUGACGACAAGAGCAAACGCGAAGUGGUUCUACUCUACAAAGUCGAGCCUGGCAUCUGCGACCAAAGUUUCGGCAUCCACGUCGCCGAAUUAGUGCGAUUCCCCGACAAGGUGGUGCGGAUGGCCAAGCGCAAGGCUGAUGAGCUGGAGGAUUUCACCACCAAGCACGAAGACAAUGCUCUUGCGUACAGCAAGGAAGAGGUCGAGGAGGGUAGCGCCAUGCUAAAGAAACUUCUCAAUCAAUGGAAGGAACAGGUCGGCAGCGGAGAGAUGAGCCAGGAAGAAAAAGUUGCCAAGCUAAGGGAGCUUGUGGCAGCGGAUUCGAAGCUUUUGGCCAACCCAUUUUUCCAGUCCGUCAAGGCACUGUAA